AUGGACGGAGACGGCUUCUCGGUUAUUUCUCUUACCUCGCUUGGCUCGAGUAUUUCCCAUCGAUUACUCUCCAGCGCAGAAGAACUCAAUGAAUUAAACGGCACGCUUGAAGCGCCUGAUGAGCGUUUAUCGUCUUUCGCGAACAGGCUGUAUCAGCUUCAUCAGCACGUCGGAUAUCUUGAGACGGCGCUGAACAAUGCAAGCGCCAUAUCCGGUCGUUUCCAGACGACGUUGAGUCAGAGUCUUGGAUCGUGCGAUGUUGUUAAUACGGUUUUGAAUAAGCAGGUUAUGAGACUGCAGGCUGAGACGUUGGGGUUGUUGGAUGAGGUGUUUUUGGGGGUUUAUAGUGAUGCUUUACUGGCGUAUACGCGAUUGUUUGCGUUUUUCGUCAAGGUGCUUUCCUUGCCGAAUCGAGAUGAGCAGGACGUUACUCUUGAGAGUAAGAGUGGUAGAGAGGUCUUUGAUCAUGUUGAUAAGGCGUGCCAGAAGGCUGAGCAGACCAAGGACAUUCUUCUUUCUGGAUCGCAGAGUUACUCUUAUGCUUCGACUAGCAAGGGACCUAUGCCAGGUGGUUUGGAGCCUCCGCCAUACGAACCUGCUCAAGCUUCAUCAUCUACGUCACCCAGUAUUGAACCGCCAACUUCACCUUUCACCAAGGGCUUGUCUUCUCUGACAAACUCUUUCAAGGCCAUGACUUCAGGUCUCUGGGCGAAACCCGAUCCCCUGUCCACAGCACUCUGUCAAGCAGCCCUCCGCGGUGACGUCCAGCAGAUAAGCGGAUUACUCUCCCAAGGCGCCAAUAUUAACGGUCGCAACGGAGAGGGCAACUCACCACUAAGCUGCGCCAUCUUAGCCAACCAAGAAGACGCCGUUCGCUUUCUUCUAGGUGCUGGUGCAGACACAAACUCAAAGGAUAUGAAAAUCCCACCAGUAUUCCUCGCCGCAUCCGUCGGAAGCAUCGGCGUUGCGAAAAUGCUCAUCGCACAAGGAACAUGGAACGCCAACGCAGCUAGCUGGAGUGGCCAGUUCUACUUUGUCGAUGUCUGCAACAGCGAGAACAUAGAAGGAGUCGAACUCCUUCUCCAGAACGGCGCAAAGCCGAAUACGACGAAUCUCUCAGGAAGACCAGUUCUUGCACAAGCUGUCAAGAAGGGCAACAUUGAACUUGCGAGAGUGUUGCUCAAGUAUGGCGCGAAUGCAGAUACCAGCGAUAUGUCGGGUAACUCACUGCUUUCGAUAGCCGCGAGCCAGGAUCGUAUGGAUAUGAUGAAACUCCUUCUCGAGAGCGGCACGAAUGCAAGUUCGAGUAACUUGAGCGGUGUUGCAGUACUGGUUGACGCUGUUAGCAAGAGGAAACUCGACAUGGCACAGCUCGUCCUCGAUCAUGGAGCGAAUGCUAGUGCGAAGGAUCUUGUUGGGCAUCCUGUUCUCGUGCUCGCUCUGCGCGAUAGCAAGCUUUCGCAGCAUGACAAGAUCAGAGUUGUCAAGAUGUUGCUUGACCACGGCGCUUCACCGAAUGUAUCAGAUGGAACAUGGGGUGUUGCAGCGAUUUGUUUCGCAAUGGAGACCGGCUCUACAGAUCUUGUACGAAUGAUGGUCCAAGCUGGCGCCAACACAAAGAAGAAGAUGAGCAGUGGCGAAACACUCCUACUUUACGCCAUCGAUCAUGGAAGAAGGGAUCAGGCGAAACUUCUUCUCGAAGCAGGCGCUGAUGCGAAUGCAGCAGACAAAAAGGGCAGAACACCGUUGAUGCAGGCAAUUUCAAGACGAGAUACAGAGUUGAUUAGGUUGUUAAAGGCUCAUGGGGCUGAUAUGAAUGUCGGAGGAUGUAUUUCCCCUGCUGAAUUGGCGCAGUCGAUGGGUGAUCUUGAGAUAUUGCAGAUACUGGGAUUUGGAACGUCUCCUUCGCAGGCAAGACCGCGAGCGCAUUCACCACCACCUGGAUACGAGGCGUCGAUGGGCAAGGUAUGA